AAAGGCAAACAAGGUACAAUAAAAUAAGCCAAAGGUACAACUAAGAGUAGCUGCAAGAUUCCCUAUAACUUCACUCUUCAGUGUACUUUGCGAAAAAAAAAAAAAGUAAAAUUCAGAAUUGGUGGUUUUUGAAGAACAAAUGGCAAUUGGUAAAAGGGAAGAAAACAUGGCAGUAGAGAUUGUGAAGCCUAGAAUUGACAAAAGGGAUUAUAAAAGAAUUGUUCUUCAAAAUAAGCUUCAAGUUCUUCUCAUCAGUGACCCUGAAACUGAUAAAUGUGCAGCUUCAAUGAAUGUGUGUGUCGGUGCUUUUAGUGAUCCUGAGGGACUUGAAGGCCUUGCCCAUUUUCUUGAACAUAUGUUGUUUUAUGCAAGUGAGAAGUAUCCUGAAGAGGAUAGUUAUUCAAAGUACAUCACCGAGAAUGGAGGUAGUACAAAUGCUUUUACAUCUAAUGAGGAUACCAACUACCAUUUUGAAGUAAAUGCUGACCGCUUCGACGAAGCAUUGGACAGAUUUGCCCAGUUCUUUAUCAAACCAUUGAUGUCAGCAGAUGCUACCACUCGAGAAAUUAAAGCUGUUGAUUCUGAACACCAGAAGAAUCUACUCUCUGAUCCUUGGAGAAUGAACCAGCUUCAAAAACAUCUAAGUGCGCAAAAUCAUCCAUACCAUAAGUUCAACACAGGAAGCUGGGAUACGUUGGAGGUGAAACCAAAAGAAAGAGGCAUAGAUACAAGAAAGGAGCUUCUCAACUUUUAUGAAGAAAAUUAUUCAGCCAAUCUCAUGCACUUGGUCGUCUAUUCAAAAGAUACUCUUGAUAAAGCUGAGCAGUUAGUACGGAGUAAAUUCCAGGACAUCCGGAACACAGAUCGUGAUCAAAUUCGUUUUACUGGUCAGCCUUGCUCCGCGGAACAUCUCCAGGUUCUUGUUCGAGCUGUGCCAAUAAAACGAGGUCACAAGUUGAAAAUCGUAUGGCCUAUAACCCCAGGCAUACGGCACUACAAGGAAGGGCCUAUCAGGUACCUGGGGCACUUGAUUGGCCAUGAAGGAGAAGGAUCAUUGUUUUAUGUCUUGAAAAAGUUGGGAUGGGCUACAAGUUUAUCUGCUGGUGAAUCAGAAUGGACUUAUGAGUUCUCCUUCUUUAAAGUGGCCAUUGAUUUGACUGAUGCUGGUCAAGAGCAUUUUGAAGACAUAAUAGGUCUGCUAUUCAAAUAUAUUCAUGUCCUACAACAACCUGACGCCUCUAAAAGGAUAUUUGAAGAGCUUUCAGCUAUUUGUGAGACUCGCUUCCAUUAUCAAGACAAGAUUCGUCCAAGUGAUUAUGUAGUUGAUAUUGCAAUGAAUAUGCAGCACUAUCCUCCAGAAGAUUGGUUGGUGGCAUCCUCUUUGCCUUCAAAGUUUAAUCCUAACGUUAUUCAGUCAUUUUUGAAAGAACUCAACCCAGACAAUAUCAGAAUAUUCUGGGAAUCGACAAAGUUUGAGGGUAAGACUAGCUUGACUGAGCUAUGGUAUGGAACUGCAUAUUCUACAGAGAAAGUUAGUGGUGACACUAUCAAGUGCUGGAUGGAGCAGGCUCCCAAUGGAGAUCUGCGUCUCCCUGCUCCAAAUGUGUUCAUACCGAAAGACUUGUCACUUAAGCUUGUCUCCGAGAAGACAAAUGUUCCAAAACUGCUGUCGAAGUCACCUUAUUCAAGGUUAUGGUACAAGCCUGAUACAGCAUUUUCAUCUCCAAAAGCCUUUGUUAAGAUUGAUUUUAGUUGCCCAUACUGUGGACAUUCUCCAGAAGCUGAGGUUCUUACUGGGAUUUUUACACGUCUAUUGAUGGAUUACUUGAAUGAAUACGCUUAUAAUGCAGAAGUUGCUGGUCUUUAUUACGGUAUAAACCCAACAAACAGUGGUUUUCAGUUGACAUUGAUUGGCUAUAACGACAAGUUGAGAGUCUUACUGGAAGCAGUUGUUGAAAAAAUUGUGAAAUUUGAAGUAAAAGAAGACAGAUUCUCUGUGAUCAAGGAAUUGAUGACAAAGGACUAUCAGAAUUUCAAGUUCCAACAGCCAUAUCAGCAGGUUAUGUAUUACUGCUCAUUACUCCUGCAAGACGACACAUGGCCUUGGAUGGAACAACUUGAAGUUCUUCCACCUCUUGAAGUUGAUGAUCUGGCUAAAUUCUUUCCGCUUUUACUGGGAAGGUCCUUUCUUGAGUGCUAUGUAGCAGGAAAUAUCGAAAAAGCUGAAGCAGAGUCUAUGAUACAGUAUAUUGAGAAUGCGUUCUUCAAGGGUCCGCAGCCAAUAUCAAAGCCUCUAUUUGCAUCUCAGCAUCCGACAAACAGAGUUGUUAAUCUUGGAAGAGGUGUAAAUUACCUCUAUGCUGCAGAGGGCCUGAAUCAAAAUGAUGAAAAUUCAGCUCUCGUUCAUUAUAUUCAGGUGCAUCGGGAUGAUUUUAUGCUGAAUGUCAAACUCCAGCUUUUUGCUCUCAUAGCAAAGCAGCCAGCCUUCCACCAGCUUAGAUCAGUUGAGCAACUUGGUUAUAUCACUGUGCUCAUGAAGAGGAACGACUCCGGUGUUCACGGGAUGCAGUUUAUUAUUCAGUCAACUGAAAAGGAUCCCAAAUACAUCGACUCGAGAGUGGAGUUAUUUCUGAAGAUGUUUGAGAGCAAACUUUACGCGAUGAGUAGUGAUGAAUUCAAGAAUAAUGUGAAUGCACUUAUCGAUAUGAAGCUUGAGAAACACAAGAAUUUACGGGAGGAAUCUCAAUUUUACUGGAGGGAGAUCGCAGAUGGGACCCUCAAUUUUGAUAGAAGAGAUUGCGAGAUUGGCGCGUUGAGGAAACUGACUCAAAAGGAGCUGACUGACUUCUUCGAUGAAUAUAUAAAGAUUGGUGCCCCUCGGAAGAAGGCCUUAAGCGUCAGAGUCUACGGAAGCAAACAUUCUUCUGAAUUCCAAGCACAUAAGAAUGAGCAGAUAGAACCAAAUGCAGUUCAGAUAGAAGACAUAUAUAGCUUUAGACGAUCUCGGCCUCUUUAUGGUUCAUUCAAAGGAGGCGCUGGUCAUGUGAAAUUGUAAGAGGUAAACAUAGCCUAAGUUGUGCGGACUCUUCACUUCCGAUACCGCACCCGUGUCAGAUUCUCCAAAAAUACACUAGUUUUGGCGACUCCGACAUGCACCUGUUGACAUUAUUGAAGAGUCUGAGCAACAUAGAGCAUAGCAGCCCGAGAAGCCCCCCGAUGCAGUUGAUAUGUCGCGUUGGCGAGUCCAUCACAGUAGCAGUUGAUCUGCAAAAUACCUCUAUUUGGACUAGUAACUGUAUAAUUUCUACUAUGAUUGCUGAAUAGAAUUUAUCAGAUGACAAUAAGGGAAAUGGAUGUAACCUGAAAGGAAAAUUAUUCAUUCAUGGUUUUGAUGGAAUGAAUAAACUACAUUAUACUUUUGCUUUGUAAA